CUGGGAAAAAAAAACACAGAUAUGUUACGUAGCAGAUUGUGCAGUGAUGAGCAUUCUCUGUCUGUCUGUAGUGAAUUAAGAGGAUUAAAGGCUUCUAAGAAAGCUGUCUAGGGCAGCCGCAAAUACAUGAUAGAGCUAGAUUCUCAGACUGUAUAAAUUGGCAGCAAUUGAAGUCAAUCUAGCUAAUUCAGUUUGUACUAGCAGUGUAUUUGUACUAUUUAUUAUUUAGAACGGAGAAAAUAGAGAAGGAAUCAGCUUUGCUUACAAACUUUAUCGUGGAUACUUUGCCAAAAAACGCACCAACCCCUUAAGUGUUUGAAAUGUCCUUUUAUCUUGUUAAUUCCAUGAGACAUGGUAUUUCUCUCAUCAACAGAUAACAAACACAUUAUUUAUAAAACUGCAUACUGGCUUCGGACAUGUCAUAACCUUAUUUUGCUCAUUGAAAUGCCAAAGCAUUGCGUUUUUAAAUCGAAACUUAAGAAGAACACAACGAUCCCACUCUCAUCUGUGCUCAAAAAUCACUUGCUUUUGUGUCCCUCAAUUUUAAGAAGAAAACUGUGAGCCUCCAUGCUCACAAUAGCAGCAUGUCUAUUGGAGAAAGAUCCUUAUUUGCUCUAAUCAAUGCAGCGUGCUGAAGUCCAGCAAUGCCUUCAGGCUAGCUGACACCCUGGUAACAUGUAGUCCUUCAACAAAUCCAUUUAACAUCUGAAGUAUAUUCAGGGGGUUGCUGGUACAAAAUGAAUGCUCUUUGGCCCAGAAAAAUGGAUUGCAUUUGGUAGAAUAGAUUUCAUUUGUCAACACUGUUGUUCUUUCCCUUUUUUGAAACACUUUUGGUUUGAGUCCCUUUUGGUAAUGCACCUGACAUGAUCUCUAGUUAAUCAGUGCAACAGUUCUGCAUGUUGAAGUCCUUCAUUUAUAAUAACACAGGAGUGAAAUAAUUUGGAAAGUUGUCUUAAGAAACUGAAAGAAGGAAGAAAUAAUUCCUUAUAGAAGGUGGAUGUUUAUUUUACAGCAGUGAGCAAAAACCACUGACGGCACUUACAGUCUCCAUUGCUAAACAAAUGAGGUACAUUUUAUAAGAAUUGCAGCAAUCAAAUUGUCCUAAGGGUUCAUCCCAACACCAUUAAUGCCUCGUGUUACUUGUAAUCCAUCUAAUGAUGUUGCUAACGCUACUGUGAAGAAAGGGAUAGAGAAGAGCAAGCAAUCACCUUUUUUUUUGUUGUUUUUACUAGGACUGUAGCACAGCUGACAUCUGAAAAUCAGGGUUUUGUCAUGUGGUCUGUCAGAAAGCACAGUGGAUAAGCUUAUUUCAUUUGUUCUUUUCUUGUGGAAGAUAAAGUUAAGUGUGGAAAUUUAUAAAAACAACCUUCUUGUUGGCCCUGUGCCAUCCAGGAGCCUCUACUACUGCCAAGGAUGGCUAGCAAUGGCUGAGCAGGAAGCAAGAUUAAGCAUGUUGGGAAGUAAAUAACUCCCAUCAGGAUUGCUCUGAAUGCCAAAGCUAAUGGUCCAAGCAAACACAAUAUAAUCAAAUUGCUUGUCCUUCCAGUUAACUACCAUUCACCUUGAGAUCACUAAGGAGAGAGCUUAUGAAAGAGGAGUGAAGCACUCAGGUGGAAGGAGCGGGGCUUUCUCUGAGCUUUGAAUGCUGCAGAAACUCAAAAGAUCACUCUCCUUCAAGACCAAAAGCUUGCGGAGUAAAAGUGCAGACAAUUUCUUCCAGAGGACUAACAGUGAUGUGAAGCUGCAAGUGGACUUGAUGCCGGAGGUGAGCACGAGCACAGGGCAGCUCCCCAGCUCAGAGAGCCAGGCGUCCUCACCCACCAGAACCCAGCAGCUGUCAGAAAACAACAAGGCUCACAUCUUCCAGGAGCACAUCUUCAAAAAGCCCACCUUCUGUGAUGUCUGCAACCACAUGAUUGUUGGGACAAAUGCUAAGCACGGACUGCGCUGUAAGGCUUGUAAGAUGAGCAUCCACCACAAGUGUGCAGACAGUAUUGGACAACAGCGUUGCAUGGGCAAGCUGCCAAAGGGAUUUCGACGGUACUACAGCUCACCACUUCUCAUUCAUGAACAGUUUGGCUGCAUCAAGGAAGUGAUGCCUAUUGCCUGUGGCAAUAAGGUUGAUCCUGUGUAUGAAACUCUCCGCUUUGGGACUUCAUUAGCCCAGAAAACCAAGAAAGGCAGUUCUGGAAGUGGGUCUGAUUCUCCCAAUAGGAACUCUACAGCUGAUCUGGCUGAAGUUCCUGAGGAAGCCGAUAGCAGCCUUGAUAUAAGCAGGAAACGGAGCAACAGUGUGUUUACAUAUUCCGAAAAUGGCACAGAACACUUUGGAGAAGAACCAAAAAGUAUACAUUCCCUGGGACCAUUUUAUAAAAGCACGUUACAAAUGAACACCUAUGUUGCCUUGUACAAAUUUGUACCACAAGAAAAUGAAGACUUGGAGAUGAGGCCAGGGGAUAUGAUCACUCUUCUGGAAGACUCCAAUGAAGACUGGUGGAAGGGAAAAAUUGAUGACAGAACUGGAUUUUUUCCUGCUAACUUCGUUCAAAGAGUGCAACAUGAUGAGAAGAUUUACAGAUGUAUCAGGACAUUCAUUGGCUGCAAGGAGCAGGGGCAGAUAACUCUGAAAGAGAACCAGAUUUGCGUGACUUCAGAAAAGGAACACGAUGGCUUCAUCAAAGUAUACAGUGGGAAGAAGAAAGGCUUUGUCCCCAUAGACGUCUUAGAAAACAUCUGAUUGCAACAGCCCGCUUGCUGCAGUAGGAGCCCUUUGUUGGCAAUGCCUGUCUGCCUCAUCUCACACUGUGUCAAUCCAGAUGGGCUGUCUUGCAGAUGUUCAGGGAAACAGUGGGAAAACUGCAACUACAAGAAGAAAAAGACAUUUAGACUGCCGCAGCAACACUAAGAAAUAAGAAAAGUGGAAUGAUUGAAAGAAAAUACAGUCAGAAACCUCUAGGGAAAUGAGAGGCCCUUGGAAACUAAUAGGAAUAAGGUAAGAAAAAGAAGUCUGGGGUGAUUUCUGGUGCAAGAUGGCUAUUGCAACCCUGAUGGAAAUGGACAGCUGUUCUAAAGGACUAAACUCAAGUCUCAUGUCUUAGAAAACUGUUGGACUGCUUUCUUGUUGGAGAUGUGUGUUUGGGAGGGAGGGAAGAAUACCAGUCAAAGUGUCCUCAUACUACAGCCCAAUGCUUGUAGUAAAGUGUGGCUGUGGUUCUACAGCUCUGUCCCCUGUAUCAACUGAUCAGUUUAAGCGUUUAUUCCUGAUGUUAAUCUCAUAUCAAAGCAGUUUGGAGUCACCAUGUGGACGUCAGUUCAAAAAAGUGCACUGUGCCCUGGAGGUCAGCAGCUUUCUCUUUCUGUGCAAUCUUACCUUAUGAAAGAGUAGCGACCUUGUAUGUCCUUUGUUUUCUCUGUAUACAAACAAAAGCUCUCAGUGUGUGCCAGGUGUGACGGCUGCUCUCAUAGCUCCCAAAAAUGGCCUGCCCUGCGAUUCAAGAGCCUUCUUGGAAGUGUCCCUCUGUGUUUCCUGCAUCCUUAUCUGGUGAGGGAGAAAAUGGGAAGAAUGCUGAGAGAGAGCCACAGGCUUGAAAUGUUUUGUAUUUUUCUGUGUUUAUUGCACUUAUAAGAUUUUAUAUGUUAAUCCUAUUUAUAUAUAUAUAUAUAAAAAAAAGACAGUUAACUAACCCCCUGGAAGACUGAAAACACUAGGAAAGGACAGACUGCGCACAGAAGUGAAGACUGUACCUAAACCCAGAACUUGUGACAGUAAGGCACUGAGUGUCUUAGCAUUGUGGUCACCCACCAAAGUUGUCGUCUUCAUCUGCUAAAAUAGUUCUGCAGAUUCAUCGGUAAAUGCACUCACAUGAGUACCUCCUUGGCAUUAACAACUGUGAGCCUCCCAUAAGCCUUCUCAGUCCCAGUGCAACUGCACAGAUGUGUCUGGUUUGUCCAUGUAAGUCUCCAUCUUCAAAUAUGUUUAGGGUAUAAGAUCUGGAGAGCAGUCUGUGGGACUUGUGGAUUUUGACCAACUUAUACAAGUCAGCCGGUGCCAAUCGUGUUGCUGAGCAGGGGCCUUAAGAUGUUCCAAAACAGUGAACCUAAUUUCCAAGCAUUUAAUUGGAUGUAAUUGCACCAAAUACACUUAAACAGCUUAGUAUAUAUUAUGACAUAGAGAUUAAGUCCUGUCCCAAAGCUCCCUGGUGAAUUCACGCCUUAUUUGACCAGCCUGAGAUUGAGUGCCAGUCUUUAAUACUACUGCAAUUAGCCACAAAUGGAUGUCCUGUAUGCCAACGCUGCAAGAAGAAAUCCAGAUGCUGCCAGGUUAGUACACGCCUUUGCAAAGUUGACACUGUUUCUAAAAAGAUGUUGUCCAGUCUGCUUCCUUAUAUUGAGGCAGUUCGAAUCUGUGUUGCACAGCCCAGGUCUCAUAGUUGGGAUGCCCAACAGCUGACCUUAUGCAAAGCCUUAUGAAAUCCAGCGCUGUGCUACACAUGACCAGAAGCUCACAGAGCAGGUCAGGCUGCAGCCUCUUCAGAUGCAUUUUGCAGCUCUUAUCACUUAAUUGCUGAGGAGGAAGUUACAGGGGUGUCAACUGUUGAAACAUCGUCCUUCGUAAUACAAACGGUCUACACCAAUAAUUCACAUCCUUCUGGCUGAUCAAAAGUAUCUGAUUUCAUAUCUCCCUCUAUGGGAAUAUCAGCAAUUCAUAAAUGGCUUUUCUACAGAGCAAACAAUGAACAUUUGCUCAGCUCAUUCUCCUAAGUAACCAGUGAACUUAGUGGGAAGAGGGAGGAUUCUGACAAGCCUUAAAGAUCAAGACAAAAAGUAAAGUCAUGAUAAUCCACUCUGCUUUAUAUGAUUUUUAUGUAUAUAUUCACUAGUUCAAAGAAAAAACUCAAAUGUUUGUUAGAAUUGAAAUAUUUGCUAUUUUUGAUCAGACCUGUCAAGUGGGCAAAAGAAUAUUAAUUAAUAUUAAUCUAUACAUAUGUGCUAUUGUUUACAUGAUUGCAUCAUACUGUGAUUCCCUAUUUGAGUCUUCUAUGAUUUUAAUUUAUCCCUACAAUGUGCAUCAAGAAAGAAAGAAUUCAAAGAUAUGAAUAUUACCUACAACUCACAAUGGCCUUUAAUCAAUGUCAGUUUGAUUCCUUUUGAUACUGAGCAAUAAAUAAUAAAGUGAUUGAGUAAAACAAAACAAACCUUAUGUUGGCUGCAUUACGUCCGAGCAAGCAUUGCUUCUGAACCAAAGCUUUCAUGAUUAUCUUCUCUUUGUGUAUUUUGUUUUGUCUUUUUACUGGGUUUUUUGCUGCUGUUUGAUAUGGAGAUGUAAUUUAUACCUAAUUUAGCAAGAAGCACAUACAUGAGUCUUACUUUAAGCAUGUGAUUCAUUAGCUAUUUGCACGCUUAAAGCUGAAGCACUUUGCUGAAUUGAGGACAUUUUCCUCAAAUUAAUUUUGGAUGCCUUACUCUGAAUCCAGAUGAGUAUCCCAUUUUUUUUUCCUACCAUAUGCAGUUUGCAAUAGAUACUGAAUUAGCAAGCAGUUAAAAGAAGCUGGAGUGGAAUUUAUCUGACGUUUCCUCCGAAAAUUUGAACUUUAGGAGAUGAAUGCUGUUCACACUUAAUAUUCUGCUUAAUAAAGAAUGUGCAAUGGUUGGAAGGAGAAUAGAAGUGUAUGUU